CUCCUACUUGCAUCCUCGUAAUGUGAGGUGUCUAUCGAAGUAGCCCACCAGGACGAUGAUCGCAUACACCCUCAUUCUAGGCCUCGUAGGCCUGCUUGUCUUUGACUAUAUCUGGCGGCUUGCCAAGAACAUUCGUAUCGCGAAGCGCUCCAAGCUUCCUUAUGCUGUGGCCCCGUACAGCGUCAGCAUCAUAUUCCUUGCCGUUUCCGGUCCAGCGCUCCCGUACAUUGUCGAAAACUGGCUUCCCCAAUGGAUCGGCGAUAUCCUGUACGAUAAUCUGGGCGCUUUUCGCUGGUCGAUCAAGGAUCGCCAGGUAAAGAGAUAUGGGAAACUCUACAUGCUUGUUAGUCCCAAAAAUGUUACGCUCAGUGUCGCGGAUGCGUCGGUGGUCUGUCAAAUCGUCAACGCGCGCCAGGACUUUCCUAAGCCGACCUUUCUCUAUCGUAUCUUGGACAUGUAUGGACCCAACGUGGUCCUGUGUGAGGACAAAGAAUGGACACACCACCGCCGACACACAGCAACUACCUUUCACGAGAAGAACAACGCCCUGGUUUGGAAGGAGUCUGUCGAGCAGACGCGCGAAAUGAUUGAACAAUGGGCGGGCGCAUCUCCUGUAGAUUCUCCACAAGGACCAGGAUUCACGGUUCAGAGUACCAGGGACGAUAUUCACAAACUGACUUUGAACGUGCUCACUGGCGCAGGGUUUGGGGUACCAAUGCCCUUCAAGCCAGUACAGCUGGACUCUCUCCAGAACCCAGAGGACAUCUUCAAGGACAGUUCCACGCCACCGGCAGGAUUCGACUUUACUUUCCGGUCGGUUGUGGCAUAUAUGAAUUUGAACAUUGUCAACAUGGUCCUGGCAAAUAAUAUACUGCCUAAAUGGGUGCCGAGAGCGUUGGUGCCAUUCUUCAAGAAAGACUUUGCGGCUCAUCGGGACUUGGACCACUAUCUGCAGAGGUUGAUCAGUACAACCGAAUCUGGAUUGGGCGACACUGAAACUGCCUCCAACCUUAUAGAGGGAAUGCUGAUCUCCAGAAAACCCGGCAAUGCCAAGGAUGAGGGUUUGUCCGACCGAGAGGUCAUUAGCAACAUGCAUAUAUUCACCAUUGCAGGACAUGAAACAACAGCAACGACCCUGAGGUUUGCUCUUGUGCUUCUGGCCCUCCACCAAGAUGUGCAGGACUGGGUGUAUGGCGAUAUAUCGGAGGCAACCAAGGACGAGCCGUCACAAAUCGAGGACUGGGACUAUGACAACGUGUUCCCGAAGCUCGUUACUCCUCUAUGCAUGAUGCUCGAGACAAUGCGUCUCUACCCACCGGUUAUUUCUGUGCCCAAAUAUACGGGCGACUCCCCGAGUACCAUCCACUACAACGGCAAGGACUAUGUUUUAGAGCCUCAUGUCAAUAUCAACCUGAACGCGGGCAGUCUUCACUAUUCUGAAGAGUACUGGGGAAGCGACGCUAGGCUCUUUCAACCACAGCGAUGGGACGCCCGCAACAAGGAUAGCUUCUUGGCUCAGAACGACGAUCUACCAGGCCUUUCUGGUCCUGGUUUGGAAUACCCCACCAUUCAUAAACCGGUUCGAGGUGCUUUCAUUCCGUUCAGCGAUGGGUUCCGCGCCUGUCUGGGGAAGAAAUUCGCGCAAGUCGAAUUCGUUGCCGCGCUUACAGCGCUUCUCCGCGAAUAUCGGGUCGAGUUGGUUGACAACAGUGAAGAAGGCCGACGAGAUGCAGAACGAAUUUUGGCACAGAGUUCCACGAUUAUAACCCUGGCAAUGAAGGAGAAUGUUCCUUUGCUUUUCCGUAAGAGAUGAUUAUAUGGAGAAGUUGUGGGUGUGGUGGAAAGGCUGGCAAAGCACACAAGGACAUUCUAAAACAACUAGGGACCAGACAGGGUCAGGGUCAGGACGUACUACAAAGAAUUUGUAACAACCAACAAUGAAAUCUCUCCUAGCUGAUAGCAUCAUGAAAGUUUUUGUUCUGUG